CUCAUAUAUUAUUAUUCUUUGGAUGCUGUUUUAAUGUUAAAACACUGGUUGUUAAAAGUAUUGGCAACCCCACAGUCUCCAUCUACCUUCCUUACUGUGGAAAACAACACUGACUCUCUCUAAUUCACUCCGCGUGUUUUCAGUAGGUUCAAAUACACAGAAUGUGAUCUCUACACAACACUCUACACUAUUUUGUGUCUGGAUGCAGGUUUACAUCAUGAACAUGUCCUAAACACUCAGUCAUAAACUUCUGGUACGAUGCUGCUUCUUUGUAAAAAGGUUUCUGAGAAGGUUUUUCAGGGUGAAGUCCUCUCUCGGUUUGGUAAAAUGAUGUGUGUGAUGAUGUCAUACUUAACCAUUUUUACUAUUAACACUGGCUUUCUCUUACACCAGCAGAAUGGAAAUGGUCUAAUUAAUUAUUUUCACUCAGUAUAAAUAAAUGAAUGAUGUUGUGUCUGUGAGUCUGAUCUAAAACGAGUCUGUCGUCUUUCAGUGUGUUUUAGACGUGUGUUUUUCCCUCUGUUGGAGAACCGUACACAGAAUUUUACUGGUUGAAGAUGAAAUCUGAGCUGCUUUUUAGAUGAACAAGCACUUGGAGAACAUCUCAGAGAGCAGAAAUGGGUUGAGAUCAACAUUUACUUUGAAGAUCAUUUUUGUUUUUCUGGAACUUUUCUAUGACUAUAUCACCCCUAGUAGUCUAGAGAAAAACAGAAAUCCUUAUGAAACACUACAAAUUCUUAAAAUCCUGACCGUCUACUUAUAUAUGAGCUUCAUGUUAACCUCCACUGUGGAGUGAGACAUGACCAAGCAUCCAAUCUUCAACAUGGACACACAAGAAAACUCCAUAUUUUUUAACAAAUUGACUAAAUUUGUUAAAUGUUGGUUGCUAGAUCUUUCUAGACAUCAUGGCUGCUCAGCACUGAGUUUUGUGUCCUGACCAAUCCUGAGGAGCAUCAGUGUCAUUAGGAUCAGCUGUGUAGGAGUGGCUUUACUUCACUGCUGAACAUCACGUCUGUUCUCAGGUUGGAGCUGUUGAGCUUGAGUUGGUGUCUUUUCCUCAAUUUUCCUCAGUGGUUUCCUUCACUCCUGGCCACUGAGAACCUUAACAGAACCUCAUGAUAUUCAGGAUCUGUGUAGGUCUGUGAGUGUUUUCUUCAACACAGUUAAACACACUGCUAAGCUUGUUUAAACUGCCACAAGCCUCCCUUUCAUUACCAUGCCACCUUUCUAUGAGUUUUGUGCUUUCUGGCUUCUGGUGGUUGCUGGUGCAGGCGAGGCUUUCAGCCAGCGACCUGGUUUGAGUCUGGAGUGUCUUGGAAAUGUUAUGAAGCUUACCUCGAAUCGCUCGCUGUCUUCUGGACGUCAGCUCAAAGUUGAAGCCAUCAACGGUUCCCAGCACGUGAUGCUAACAGGAGCAGUGUCGAGUCAGUGUGGCUACAGCAUGGAGUCUGAUCCCUGGGGAAAUACCAGAAUCUACACCUCACUGCUGAGCUGCUUUACUCAUAACCAUGGCGAUGCCGUGUUUGAUAUCGGACUGCGCCUGAAGUUUUUCGGGAAUCACAUGUCUGACAAUGUGCUGGAGGUGGAAAAGACUUGUGAAUACAAUCAGUGGGCUUCACGCGAGAUCCUCUGCGAGAGAAACUUCAUGGAGGUCUCGGUCCAUAGAGGACGCCUUGAUCUGAAUCUGCUGAAACAGCCGAGACCAGCGGUGGCAGGAACCACCGGAUACUCGGCCGAUCAGCAGGCCUCCACCACUCUCGGCAAUAUCUGGAGGAUGGUCUUCUACACACCCAAUGAAAAGCCGAUGAUGUUGGAGGAGGUUCGUAAUGCAGGUUACGGCGUAUCGAUGACUCCAACACGACUGGUCUUGCGAAGCCCCUAUAACACACCUGAAACAUAUACUGAGGAUGUGAACGGGGUGCAGAUGGAGGUCUUUAAAGUGAGCACCUACUUCAAGCAGGCUUGGUCUGUAACCAUUGUUGACAGUGCUGCUGUCUGUCCAACUGGUGGACUCCAUUUUACUCUCAAACUCAUCACAUGGUACAUGCCCCAGUACAUCAGUCCUCUGAUGACGGCUCCUCAACAUCAAAUGUAUGAAAUAUACAUGGGGAUUAAUGGAAAGAGGCUCAAUCAAACCGAGAUGAGCGCUCGGGGCUAUACCAUGAUGAUGACCAAGAACCAAGUUAUCAUUUCCUUGCCUGUCGGUGGACCAGAUGGCUAUUAUAAGAGCAGCGUGCUGGAUAACCAGUACCACAUCACUUACAGUGUUGAACCGAUGCUGGAAAUGCUGUGGAUGGAAGGAAAGUCUGAAAUCACCAGAUACAAAGUUCACUAUCCGAUCAUCACGCCACCGGAGCUUCGGCCGCCUCACAUCACGAGCGACACUGAUUCAGACUCAGAAGUGUUUCGUAUAACGCUGGGCUCCUUCCUGCCCGAUGUGGAGCUGUUGAACUUCACCUUGUCCACUGGAGUGAUGAGUGUUGAAGAGGCCAACAACAGAGGAUUUAACGUGCAGCAACACUUAUUCCCUAACGGCUCCAAAGCUUUCAGUAUGGAGGUCCCCUUCUCUCAUCCUGCUGUCCUCAGAACUAAUGUGAAGCUGGUGAGCGUGGUCCACAGUCUCCCCAUCACCUUUGGCUUGUUGGUGCUUCCUGAAUUCGUUUUCUUUUCUCACUCUGCUUUAGUGGAAGCUGUUCGUGAGGACAUCAAGAUGAUUUCUAUGAAUGGAGUGUGUGAUGACAGGAACUUCUACAUCACAAUCGAACACGGGAACCACAGCUUUAAAGUGAGGGUCGGCACACGUGACCUCUCGGCUGACCUCCAUACAGAGUACAGCCUAAAGCGGAACAGCACUCAUCUAAACAUGACCGUGCCUUUCCUCACACAGGAUGUCGUGUUUGUGACAGCCAAUCAGUCCUCAGUGAGAGCUCGUAUUAAUGUAGAAAUAAUCCAGAAGAACUGGCAGUUUAAAAACUUCUCCCUGGCUUGCACCUUUCCCUUGAUCAUGACAGAAUGUUUUGCAAACGGCUCCAUCACCGCACUGGCUGUCAAGGUGAAAUCGGCGACCCAGAUGAUCCCAAGCCAGUUGACGCUGAAGGAUCCGUCGUGUAAACCCGCCUUCAGCAACACCCGCUUUGCGUACUUCUCUUUCAACGCAAGCAGUUGUCAAACCACCAGAACGUUCCACGAUGGCAUCAUGACGUACCAGAACACGAUCUCGAUGGGCGACAGGAAGACUGAUGCACUGGCGUCGGAAUACGCCACAAAAAACGGUCCUGAGUAUAGUGUGUCGGUGGUCUGCAACUACAAGCUAACCAAAACACUGGCUAUGACGUUCUCCACCGUGUCGCAAGCAAGCUCACUUCACGCGGAUCCUGGGUUUGGAGAGCUGCAUGUCAGGAUGAGGCUCGCGAGAGACGCCUCUUACGAUGCCUUCUACAUGGCUGAGGAAUAUCCAGUGGUUCAGUAUCUAAAGCAGCCUCUGUACUUCGAGGUGGAGCUGAUGCAGUCCAUUGACCCACAAAUAGAGCUGGUGCUGGAGAACUGCUGGGCUUCGGCUAAUCACAGAGGCUCUGUGCUGAGCUGGGAUCUGGUUGUGAACGGCUGUGCGAAUCCAGCAGACAGUUACCAAAUAACAUUCUACCCCGUCACGUCUGACGCCCGGGUUCGAUACCCGAAUCACUUGAGGCGCUUCAGAAUCGAGAUGUUUACUUUCGUCAAAGACGACAUGCCUCUUCAUGAUCAGAUCCUGGUCCACUGUGAAACUGUUCUGUGUGACGUCCACCAGUCUGACGAGGACUGUAACGCCAGGUGUCCGUCGUCUAAGGUGGAAAAUGUUAAAAGAGGACGCAGAAACAUGGGACAUGAACAGCACAGGAUGUGGGUCUCGUCUGGAAAGAUUUUCCUCUCUAGCUUGUAGCUCAGAUAUGAAUAAAGUGUUGACUCAAAGCCAUGUCUCUCGAGCUUGUCCCACUGUAUCUCUGCUCGCUUCCUUCAGGAGGCCUUUUGAUUUUUUCAAAGGUGUUACAUCCAGGUGAACUGUCAUUAAGAGCAUACAGUCAUGUCUGCUCACACCUGCCACUUUUAAAUAACAAUUCAUUCACACCUUUUCCCCAAACCCUCAGUGGACAUCCUCAAGGAUUUAUUACAACCUGAUCAACAUUUAAAAACAGGUCCGAGUGACUUCAGUGCCAUUUCCACACCUAUACUAGGUUACAGGUAGCUUAUGACCUCUUUUGAAAGUGUAGGUGGACGUUUCAGUUCGCUCCAUUCACUCAGGUUUUGUCUCAUCUGUUUUGGUUCAGAAAGAAGUAAGAUUUAAAAUAAAUUGGAUAAAAGCUAAAUGCAUCACUUUUGGGUCUAAAUGUGCGAGUGUAUGAAAAGACACUCUUAAUGGCCUUUAUUCACUGGAGAUGCUUCAAAAGAGUAGAACAGUUAAAAGCCUUUAUAAAAUGAAUUGUAUUAGUUGUGUGGUGUUUGGAGGAGAUGGGUUGAAAUAGUGAGAGGGUGGGAUAGAUGGGGAUGGAGAAAGGGAGGUUGGUGAACAGAUGGAUGGAGAGAGAAAGACUGAUAGGGAGAAAGUGGAAGGGAUGGAUAGAUGGAAGGAAAGAGAAGGCAGAUUGAUGUAUUGAGUGAUAGUUGGAUAGAAAUAGUGAGAGGAUGUAUGGAUGGGGAGAUGGCUUGAGAUGGAGGAAGGGAGCUGGAUCGAUGGAUGGAUGGGUGGGUAUAAAGAGUGAGAGGGGUGGAUGGAUGAGUAGAGAGAGAGAGAGAGGUACUGACUGGGAGAAAGUGGAAGGGAAAGAUAGAUGAGGAUGGAGAAAGAUGGAUAGAAAAAGAGAA